UUCCCGCGUCCCCUCCGCUGAUGGGGAGGAGAACCCUCUGGACCGCCACCGCCACUCCGACGUCCUGCUGAACGCCACUCAGCCUCUCAGCAACACCUUGGUGACACGCCGCGUGCAGCAGGUCGCGAGCUCUAACACCACCACGCAGCUGGAGGGCAUAGGUAAAGUCCUGCAAGACCUGCGUGGCGACCCGAGCUACCGUCGUGCUGGGGAGUACAUCGACGCCGGCCUCCUCACGCACCUCAGGAACUGCCUGCGUAUCCAUGACAGCACUGAAAUUCGUUUACCUACGGUCAAGAUUAUCAGCAAUUUUGUUACGGGACCUCCUGAGCUCACCGACAGCGUUGUAGGUUCUGGUUGCGCUCCAUACUUGCUGCCGCUGGUCACCAGCCCUGACCCAGCCCUGGCCGAAGAAGCAGUCUGGGCGCUGGUCAACAUGGCGGGCGACAGCUCCGAGGUGCGCGAGCUCGUCCUGAGGGCGGGCAUCAUGCCCCACAUGCUCAAGAUUAUCACCUCGGACAACUGGACGCGUGAGGACGUUACGCCAGCCCUCGCUCAGAAGUUGACCUUAAACGGCGCCUCCUCAAGCCAGCGCUUCUCGACGCCCCAUCCGGCGCCCGUUAAGCGGCCGUCCAACCCCCGCGUCCUCACCCAAAGAUCGUCGAGUAUCCCGUCCAUGUCGACACCCUUGUCACCCUGCGACGUGGAGGUCCGGCAGACCAGCCGGGGCGGCAGCGUCACUAACUUGAUCGUCCCCGCAGUACAGCUGCCCCGGACCGCGGGGCCGAAGCCCAGAAGGAAGGAUGAGGACUGCUGACCUACGCGGUACCUCCUGCAUCAGGUGGGAGCUCGAUACAGGCUCACUCUGUCUUCUGCAGCACGAGAUGACUCCAACGACAGCAUUGCCGUCUGAACUGUCAGCACGAGAUGAGACCAACGACAGCAUUGCCGUCU